AUGGACCCGCAACGCGCUUCCGCCGCCGACAAUGUCGCUGCUGAUUACCCCGACGAUCCCAACAUCGAAACUACUUCUGACGGCAGGAUUGAAAUGGCCCAGGAUGAGAUAGACGCUAUCAUUAGGAACAAAAGAAAAGUUCGAGACCCAAAAGCCUGCUAUGCUUGUCACCGCCGCAAGGUCAAAUGUGAUCGCAAACUGCCCUGCGAUUCGUGUGUCAAGCGCGACCACCCGGAGCUAUGUUCCUAUGAACGACCUACCAAGAAACGUCGUAUUGCCCUGGCUGGUGCUGCGAAUCAGCCUGACGGCGGCGUUUCUGAUGGCCACGACUCGAUGACAUCAAGCGGUGCCAGGGUCACGGUGCCACGGCAGCUAUGGGAGCAGAUGAGCAGGGAGUUACAACAGUUGCGUGGUGCUGUCAAAGCUGAUAGAUUCUCAUCUCCUAGCGCCAUACAAACAGAAUCUGACGAUAUCAAUCUGGGGGGUGCCCCCAGUCGUUCGGAUGAGGCCGAAAGAGAAGGGAUUCAUGCCCCCAGUAACCAGAUGGGGACCAUGCAUUUGGGUUCCAGAUCUGUUCUGGCGUAUAUGAUGGGGCUAGGCCGGACCAAAACCGCUCAAGAUACCGCACGAUCACUACUCGAGGAGAACAUCCUGCCGAAACUGGGGUUGGACAACGAGAGUGCCACUUAUCCGUUUGUUGAUUUAUGGAGCACCGAUUCCAGCAUGCAAGAUGUCAACGGACUUUGCAAAGCAAUUCCAGAUGAUGAGUUAUGCAAAGAAUUCUUUGUCGCUUACCGAGAUGUCGCCUGCACAAUCUAUCCCGUAGUGCCCGAUACGGGAAAUUUCGAGGACACUUUGACGUUUAUGCUGUCAAAUCGUGCCCGGUCCGUCCGCGACAACCUCGAAAUCGAUCCGAACAAGCCCUAUGGGGUGUCGUUCCCCUGGCUGGCUUUGGUAUUUGCCGUCUUUGCAUCGGGCUCUCAAUCGUCGGAUAGACCGGCAAAAGAAAGAGAACUGACGUCUCAGGUUUACAUAUGCUGUUCUUAUCAGGCUCUCCGCAUGUCCAACUUUCUGACCCAUCCCUGUCUGGAAACCAUCGAAGCUUCUCUGAUUAUCGGAAAUGUCCUCUCCUAUAACAUGAACCCCGGCGUUGCCUAUAUCUUUCUGGGCAUGACCCUCCGUAUGGCGUUUUCGAUCGGACUACAAAUUAAUUCACAGCAGUUCACAGAUGCGGAGAAAUGGACCCGCCGCAGGAUUUGGUGGGCACUCGCCUGGCAAGAUUCCCAUUUCGCCGUCAGUUAUGAUCGACCGACUUCGAGCGUCCUUUGCAUUCCAGAUAUUCCGUACGGGAAGUUCAGCUCACCGGGAGAUCGAAGUUAUGCGGAAAGUAUGUUUGCGAUAAUUCGAUUAACACAAGAAAUCGUCCGCGAACGUCUCCUCCAUCCUCGGUCCUACAUGACGUGGGAUAGAAUACGGAGAUAUACCGAGGAAAUUGCCGCUAUUGUUUCACAAGGGGCGGUCCACCUCCGCGAACGAAGUCAGUGUCAUCGGAUGACUCAACAUCUCGAACGGCUUGCGUUGAAACUUCACAGUUCUUAUGUCACCAGUGAAUUGUGUCGGCCAGCAUUGAAAGACCCGCCUCCGUCUUCAUCGGAUUCAACCGAUUUAACACCUGCUCAAUCACCUUCAGGGGGUCGGAGAAAGACAUCCAGCACGUCUGCCCAAUCGCCAAAAUCUCCGGUGUUGGAUGCCGCAACUCGAGCUCAGUUCCGACGUGAGUGUAUCCAGAACUUAGAGGGAACAGUGGCGGCAUAUGUCGAACUACAUUCGGUGAGCAAGUUUGCAGCCCGGUCGUGGAUUGGUAUUCAACGCUCCAUAUCGGCGGCUUUCCUCCUGGGCACCCUCCCCGAAACCAGCAGCGAUCCACAAAGACUCUCACUGCUUCGUGAUCUGGAACAAGUCAUUGCUCAACGGACGAUGGAAGAUCCCAACUUUGAUUUACCGCAGGAUGGAAGUCCGGCGCAACGGCAGCUGUCAAUAUCUCAGCCACCGCUCGCCGAGUCACCGCAUUGGGCUAGGAGUAUGACAAAGUCCCUCAAUGCUUUGGGCAAGUUGAACGCGGCUCUUGCAACCCCCAACCCCAAUGCGAAAUAUCAAGGCGCAUACCUGCCCAACGCGAAUGCCCAGGCGAAUUCCGGGAACCUGUACCUGAAUAUACCCACCAGCUCGAGCCCGACUCAAGGCCAACCGUCUUCUCGGUCUCAAUAUUCUUCCCUUACGAAUAUGAAACCAGAGCCAUAUUCCCCGGCCCUCGCCACGUCCGGCGUCAUCGGCGUCGGCAUGGGUCCCAUUACACCCGACAGCACGGGGUCGUCGAGUGAUUGGAAUUUUGGCAACAUGGCUGAGCGUGCGGCCGAGUAUGUACAGGCUCCACUUUGGGGUGAUGGUGGCCUUGGUGGAUUCGUUUCUUGA